GUGGUUCUUCCCACUUUUAUUUUAGAGAAGCGAUCGUUGCUGGAGAUGUAUGCGGACUUCAUGUCCCAUCCGGAUCUCUUCAUUGCAAUCACAAAUGGCACCACUCCUGAGGAGAGGAUGAUCCGCUUUGUUGAGUAUUAUCUCACUUCGUUUCACGAAGGUCGCAAAGGAGCUAUUGCAAAGAAACCAUACAAUCCAAUCAUUGGGGAAACGUUUCACUGCUCCUGGAGGAUGCCGAAGGGUGACGUAGCCACCGAUGCCGGCAGUAACUUCUCUGCUCACACCCCAUCAGAGCAAAUAACUCUGUCUAAAGAUCUGGAAGGCCAAACAGAGCUGGACUACUAUACAGUAAAAUUUGUAGCUGAGCAAGUGUCCCACCAUCCUCCUGUCUCAGGGUUUUACGCUGAAUGCACAGAGAGAAAGAUGUGUGUCAACGCCCAUGUCUGGACAAAAAGUAAAUUCUUAGGAAUGUCAAUAGGAGUGACAAUGGUUGGUGAGGGUCUCUUAAGUCUCUUGGAACAUGGGGAAGAAUACACAUUCUCUCUGCCCUGUGCAUACGCUCGGUCAAUUUUAACUGUUCCCUGGGUAGAACUGGGAGGAAAAGUCAACAUCAACUGUGCGAAGACUGGAUAUUCUGCAAGUAUUAACUUUCACACCAAGCCCUUCUAUGGUGGCAAAUUGCAUCGAGUCACAGGUGAAGUGAAGCAGAACACAACGAACACAGUGGUGUGCAGAGUGCAAGGGGAGUGGAACAGUGUGCUUGAGUUCACCUAUAGCAACGGGGAGACAAAAUACGUGGACUUGACAAAGCUGUCGGUGACAAGAAAACGAGUCCGGCCCCUUGAGAAACAAGGACCAUUUGAGUCUAGGAGGCUGUGGCAGCAUGUAACAGAGUCUCUGCGGGAUGGAGACAUCGAUAAGGCUACGGAGCACAAGCGAGCCCUUGAGGAACGGCAGAGGAAUGAAGAGAGACUUCGUGCUGAAACAGAAACACCUUGGUGUACUAAAUACUUCCUUAAAGAAGGAGAUGGCUGGGUUUAUCAUAAACCCCUCUGGAAAACAGUCUCUGCUGCACAAACUCAGCAAACGGACACUAACUAGAAAAGCUGCUUUAAGAUGAGUUUUUGAUUUUUCCUCUCCUUUUCCUCUGUCUCUCAAAACACAGUAAUCACACUGAGUGUCCCCUUUUUACAUAAUUGUGAAAGUUUAAAUGAGCAUAAAGAAAUAAAUAUACUAGGGCACUUUAAAGCUAUUUAAAAAAAAAGAUUAAAAAAAUAAAUGAUGUUGUAGAGACAAACUUGCCAGGUACAUUCAACCAACUUGUUUUUUUGUAUGAUC